UCCCAGGGGGCGCUGCCUACGUCCCCAUUGUACGGCACGGGAAACUGAGGCCCAGGCGGACAGAGGGCAGGCCCAGGGACGCACGGGGCCGGUGGCACACCUCGGAUCCCGCGCUCAGACAGGUGCCAAGGCGCUCCCGCAAAAGUGCCUUAGGGAUCUGCCUGCGGGCCUUUGGAUCAGGUGCUGCCACCCGUCUGCCCGGCCAGAGGAAGGAAACUGGGGCCCAGGUAGCUUCCUCCACGCGGGAGGCUCACAUCGCACACGCGCACGCAUCCCCCGCGCCUCCGUGGGCUCCAAGCAGGUACCACGCAAACGUUGCGGGCCCAAUAGUGCAACCCUGCGCCUUUAAAUCCGGAGUGCCCCGGAAAGCCCCGCCUCCGAGGGAGCGCGCAGGGCGGAGAAGGGGCGUGGCAGGCCCCUCAUUGGCCGAACCUCGCAGUGUUUUGGAACGCCCCUGAAGAAGCCGAGCGCUCCGAUUGGAGCUAGGGCCUGCUCGUCUGCCUACACCAGCGCCUCGGCCUUCGGGGCCCGGGUCCUUCACGUUCCAUCCGCAGGCGGGUUCCGGCGCCGGGUCCCGGCCGCCCGCUGCGUGGUCCGGUCGGUGUGCGGACGCCGCGACGCAGGUGGACCAUGGCGGAGUUCUCCCAGAAGCGGGGGAAGCGGCGUGGCGGCGAGGGCCUGGGCGGCGCCGUGGACUUCCUCCUGGCCAACGCCCGCCUGGUGCUGGGUGUGGGCGGCGCGGCCGUGCUGGGCAUCGCCACGCUGGCCGUGAAGCGGCUCAUCGACAGGGCCACCGGCCCCCGGGACGAGGAUGACGCCAAGGGGGACGGCUGGACGGAGCUGAGCCUGCUCAAGGCCGCGCCGCACCAGCGGCCCCGGCCCCCACCUGCUGCCCUCAGCCUGCCCGAGCCACGCCGGCCCCCUGCCCCCUCCACGCCAGAGGGGCCCGCGGAUGCCGGUCCCCAGCCGCCGCCUCUGCUCAGCCCCCCGGCCCCACUGUGCCUGACCUUCCAGGAGAAGCUGCUGUCGUUCGAGCGGGCCCACGUGGCCAUCCCCGAGGCCCAGGUGGCCUUGGCCAAGCAGCUGGCCGGCGACAUCGCCCUGGAGCUGCAGGCCUACCUGCGGAACAAGUUUCCCGAGCUGCCCUUCGGGGCGCUCGUGCCGGGCGGGCCGCUCUACGACGGGCUGCAGGCCGGGGCCGCCGACCAGGACCACGUGCGCCUCUCGGUGCCGCUGGCGCUGGAGCCGGGCCUCUGGAGCCUGGUGCCCGGCGUGGACACCGUGGCCAGGGACCCCCGCUGCUGGGCCGUGCGCAGGACUCAGCUGGAGUUCCGCCCCCGCGGCAGCAGCCCCUGGGACCGCUUCCUGGUGGGCGGCUACCUGUCCUCCCGCCUCCUGCUGGGUCUGCUGCACAAGGCGCUCACCGCCUCCGUCAACUGGCCGGCCAUCGGCGGGCUGCUCGGGUGCCUGAUCCGGCCCAGCGUGGCCACGGAGGAGCCGCUGCUGGAGGUGCGGCACGAACGCCUGGAGCUCACCGUGGCCGUGCUCCUGGCCGUCGCCGGGGCCGGCACGGGCGCCGACGGCCAGCUCCUGGCCUGGCCCCUGGAGGGGCUGGCUGGGAACCUCUGGCUGCACGACCUGUACCCCGAGGAGGCCGCCCGACUGCGGGCCCUGGAUGAGCAGGACGCCGGCAGCCGGCGGCGGCUGCUGCUGCUGCUGUGUGGCGUCUGCCGUGGCCACCCCGCCCUGGCCCGCCUGGGCCGGGGGCCCCUGACGCAGGUGGUCCUGCGGGCCGGGGAGCAGGACGUGGACUGGACCGAGGAGGCCCUGGGGGAGCGCUUCCUGCAGGCCCUGGAGCUGCUGCUCCGGAGCCUGGAGCAGGCCAGCCUGCCCUGUCACUUCAACCCCGCCGUGGACCUGCUGGACGGCCUGGGGGACCAGGACAUCGAUGAGGCGGGCUACGCCCUGUACUGCGGCCUGCAGGCGCCCGAGGCGCUGCUCUAGGCCCGGGAGGGCCCCUGGCGCCGCGCCCGCCUCCCGUCCUGGCUGGGGUUUGGAGUGGAUGUGUUUGUGCUUGCUUGCAGCCAAACAGUAGAGGGUGCUCCGCUGAGCAGGCCUGGCCUGUGGCCGUCCGGAUCCUUGAGCCCCGGGGGCUUGAGUCGCUGUCACCCAAGUGUGCCUGGGCCUUUCGGGGCCAGCCGAGGACCUUGGGCCCUGACCGUCAUCACCAGCAACGAGCCCUCUGCCGUCCUGGCCGGGGGCUGCCCGCUCUGCUUUGCUGUUGAGUGUGAUUGAGGCUUUCCUGGGCGCCCCCUGGUGGCUGAGCCGUUGAAGUGUGUGGCAUUUUCUGCAGGGCUGCUGUGGGCUCGGUUUUCUCGCUGAGCCCCCUGCAGCCCUGGAGCUGGCGCUGCCUGAUGCACUACCCGACCCUACCUCAGGGAAAGCCCCCUUCCUUCCGCCAGGGGGGCUGAUGCGGGGCCCUGCUGGAGCGGGGGGCGGGGGAGGGGGCAUGCCCCGCCCCCACCAUGGGGCCCAAGCUGUGUGCCAUGAGUCUGAAGAUGGCCGGGGUGUGGUGGGGGCUGGAGGGGGCAUCUGCCCUCCCAGGACCCCUCCUGUCGCCCCCGGUAGCCUUCCUGCUGAGCAAAGCUAUGCCUUGAAGAAUGUGAACAAUAAAAGG